AUGCGUGUUAAUGAUGCAGCUGACUGUGGCACACUUGGACACUUACCAUUUGGAAAGAAGGUUCUGGAUCAACAGAGCAGUCUCUGCUGGCAGGCAAAAGCAGCGGGAGGGACGGUCCCGGUGGAGAGAAGGCAGUUCUGUAGCUGGCCGUGUAAGUGUGGUGUUCGGCAGCCAUGCCCUGGUGUCAGCUCCAUCUUGGACGGCUGCGGCUGCUGCAAAACCUGUGCACGGCAGAUUGGGGAAUCAUGCAACGAGAGGGACGUCUGUGACCCUCACAAGAGCAUGUACUGUGACUUUUCCAAAGACCAGCCACGUUAUGAGGUUGGCAUCUGUGCUUACAUGAUGGGGGUUGGUUGCGACCUGAAUGGGGACUAUGAUAACGGACAGGCUUUUCAGCCCAACCCUCUCUACAAAUGCACUUGCAUCGCUGGAGCCAUCGGCUGUACCCCUGCCUUCAUCCAAAAGCCGGCAGGAAUGUUGAGUCCUGCUGUGCUCCAGGGAAACUUGCCAGCAGGACUCAAGAGUAAUCAAAGCCCCAAACACCAACAGGACACCACCUACAGGACCAUGUCAGCUUACAGGGAUCCUCCCUUAGCCUGGAAGAAGAACUGUUUGGUCCAAACCACACCCUGGUCACCCUGUUCGCGCACCUGUGGCAUCGGCAUCUCUGUACGCGUCAACAACAACAACGGCAAGUGUGAGAUGAGAAAAGAACGGCGACUCUGUCUGCUUCGACCAUGUGAUAAAAAUGCUCUAAAGGGACUGAAGAUGCCGAGAGGGAAAACCUGCAGAGCGAAGUUUCAGGCCAGUAAAGCGGAGAAGCUUACGUUGUCUGGCUGUAGCAGCGUUAAGAAGUACCGGCCGACGUACUGCGGCAUGUGCACAGACAAGCGCUGCUGCCUUCCCAACAAGGCCACAAUGCUGAACGUAGACUUCAACUGCAAAGGAGGAUCUAACGUACGCUGGAAGAUGCAGUGGAUCACGUCUUGUGUGUGUCAGAGGAAGUGUAACGGUGACGACGACAUGUUCUCAGAGCUGCACUUAAUAUAAAACAGAGAAACAAUGCGUAUUAGUUUUACUUAAAGUAAGCUAUAGCAUAUGCACAGUUUUGGCCAAAAAUACACUAUGCAAGCAUGUAAACGAAGACGCAAGUAAUUCACAACACACUCCUGUUGUAAAUGUGCUCAUGCACUUUUGUGCUGGUAAUAAACCUCAGA